AUGGCGCACGUAGUGACGGACAUGGACGCCCUGGUCGUCGGGGCAGGAUUCGGCGGCAUCUACCAGCUCUAUCGGCUGCGGGAGAUGGGCUUGUCCGUCAGGGUGAUCGAUAUGGCCGGCGACGUGGGCGGCACGUGGUACUGGAACCGCUACCCGGGCGCCAUGAGCGAUACAGAAAGCUUCGUCUAUCGGUUUUCGUGGGACAAAGAGGACUUGCGCACUUGGCCUUGGAGCCAUCACUACGUCAAACAGCCUGAUGUCCUGGCAUAUCUGGAACAUGUGGUCGAGCGACAUAACCUUCGCAAAGACAUGCAGUUCAACACCGAGCUCCUCUCGGCAGUCUGGAACGAUACCUCCAAAUACUGGCAGAUCGAGCUGAGCACGGGAGAGAAUCUCAAAGUGCGAUAUCUCGUCACCGCGCUGGGCCUGCUGUCGAAAGCCAACUAUCCAGACAUCCCGGGCAUCGACUCGUUCCGGGGCUUGAAGGUGCACACGGCCAAGUGGCCCCAGGGACUCGACCUGACGGGCAAGCGUGUUGGCAUCAUCGGCUGCGGCUCGACAGGCGUCCAGGUCAUCACGGACAUCGCAUCACGGGUCAAGUCUCUGACCUGCUUCCAGCGCCACCCUCAGUACAGCGUGCCCAGCGGCGACCGACCGGUCGACCCCGACUACCGGCAGUGGGUGAACGCCAACUACGACGCCAUCUGGGAGCAGGUCCGAGACUCGACCGUGGGCUUCGGGUUCGUCGAGUCCACGAUCCCGUUCAAGUCCGUGACGUCGGCGGAGGAGCGCGACACCAUCUUCGAGCGGCUGUGGGAGGCCGGCAACGGGUUCCGCUUCAUGUUCGGCGGCUUCUGCGACAUCGCCACGGACCGCGAGGCGAACGAGGCCGCGUGCGAGUUCAUCCGCAAGAAGAUCCGCCAGAUCGUCAAGGACCCGGAGAAGGCGCGCAAGCUGCAGCCGCACGACUACUACGCGCGCCGCCCGCUGUGCGACGGCGGCUACUUUGAGCAGUUCAACCGCGACAACGUCGACGUCGUGCACCUGCAGGAGACGCCCAUCACGCGCAUCACGGACCAGGGCGUGCAGACCACCGACCGGUUGCACGAGCUCGACGUCCUCAUCUUCGCCACGGGCUUCGACGCCAUCGAGGGCAACUACAACCGCAUCCGCAUCCGCGGCCGCGACGGCCUCACGCUCAAGGAGUACUGGGAUCCCACCGGCCCAACGAGCUACUUGGGCGUCGCCGUGCCCAACUUCCCCAACCUGCUGAUGAUCACGGGGCCCCAGGGUCCCUUCACCAACCUGCCGCCGGCGCUCGAGGCCCACGUCGACCUCAACACGCGCCUGAUCGCCCGCGCCGAGGAGCUGCGCAGGGCGAGCCCGGCGGCGGGCCCGACGCCCGUCGUCGAGGUGACGCCCGAGGCCGAGAAGGAGUGGUGUCUCGAGUGCGAGCGCAUCGCCGAGGGCAGCCUGUUCAAGGAGACGGCCAGCUGGAUCUUUGGCCAGAACAUCCCCGGGAAGAAGUACGCCCUGCGCUUCUACUUCGGGGGCUUGAAGGCCUUCUACGAGAAUGUGAACAGGGUCAUUAACAACGACUAUAUUGGGUUCAAGGGCUUGGGAGAGAAGAAAGGAGACGCACUCGGGACGGCGGCAGAAUCGAACGACUUGACAGCACGCCUGUAA